AUGCACUGAUCCAGUACAGGUUCUUUGCCGGCGAUUUUGCUGAAGGUUUGAAGGCACUGAGAUAUAGCAAUUGAAUCGUUACAUUACUAGCCAAAAUUUAAUAAAGAGCAAUGUUAGGGGUACACCAAAGGUGUAUCCCAAAUGUACACUACUCCCUUCUCUACCACCUAUUUUUAUUUAGUAAGGGUACAGUGUACAGCUAGCAUUUUUAUUUAAUGACAUGAUAUUUGGUUGAAGAUUUGGCAUUGAUCUCUACAGUUGCUCCUUCAUGGCUUGUUUCCCUGCGCCAAAGCUGAACCCUUUUCCAUGGUCUGCCAGAGUACUUCACCCACAUCUGUUAUACCCAUACCACCCCCAUCUCACCGUUCUAGUCCGCACAAACCGGACGGCUCACUCCACGUGCCAACACCCACUGCUCAAAGCCUCUCUCAGCCCUUCUUCCCACAUUGAAUCGGCGGAAACUGCAAAGAAGAGAACUGUUUCGACGCUUCAAGAACUCUGCCAUGGCCAUGUGCCCGACCACAUCAUACGAAGGAUGGAUGAACUUGGGUAUGUUGAGCCAACAGAAGUGCAGAAGGAAGCAUUGCCUGUUCUCUUUGCUGACUGUGAUUGUGUGCUUCACGCUCAGACAGGUUCAGGUAAAACUUUGGCGUACCUGCUCCGGAUAUUCUCUGUCGUUAAUGUUCAAAGGUCUACCGUGCAGGCUCUAAUUGUGGUCCCCAAUAGGGAGCUUGGCAUCCAGGUUACAAAAGUUGCCAGGCUUUUGGCCGCAAAGUCAGAAGAACUUAAUUCUGAGCAAAAGCAGUGCAGUAUUAUGCCUCUUUUGGAUGGAGGAAGCUUGAAGCGGCACAGGAGUUGGUUAAAAGUAUUAGAAAAUGUUUAUCUGCUUAUAUAGAUGAUGAUAUCUACUGAUGUGAAAUAAUUCUAAUAACCUAAUUUUGAAGAUUUACUACGAUUGUUUUGAUGAUCACAGGCGGAGCCUCCUACUAUGAUGAUUGCAACUUUGGUAAGUAUAAGUCAAAUGAUUGAGAGGCAUGUCUUGACGUUAAAUGCUCUGAGAGUGCUUGUAGUUGAUGAGGUAAUGACAAUAUAGACAUUUUAGUUCUGGCUAUGCUCCUCAUAUCUAUUAUGUAUUUCUUCUGCAUAUUAAGAUGGGGGUUUUCUCUCAAGAGAAAAUGAUACUACAAUUUGACUGUUUCUUGAAAGUAUUUAAUGAUAACCUACACUCAAAAUCUUCUUGGAGCUUCGAAACAAGAGUUACUUCUGUCUGUCUGGCUGGUAUUGUGUCUCUAAGUUUCUAACCUUUCCUCCCUUUUUUGGGUUGAUUAAGUUUAAUUCCUCUCUUUUUCAGCACAAAACUUAUUCUUAGUUUCACUCCCUAUUUGACCCAAUGUCUGAAUCAAAUGAAUACAGUGAUUACUUGUAAUAAUCUGAACUGGAAAUGAGACAACCCAUUAUUUUUUAAAGGUUGAUUUCAUGUUCAAUUCCCCAAAACAUGUAAGUUCUCUACGGAAGCUUUUGUCAUCACACUCUUGUAGCAAGUUUCGUCAAACUGUCUUUGCUAGUGCCACAAUUCCUCAGCACAGGCGAUUUUUAUACGAGGCUGCACAACAGAAAUGGACAAAGGCGGACGUAGUUCACGUGUAUGUGAAUCCAAUUAUGCCACUCCCCUCCUGUCUGCAUCAUAGAUUUGUGGUGAGUGAAGUCCUGCUUGAAACCUCAUGUCUUCCUGCCAUUUCUGGAACGGUUUACUUGACUCCUACUUCGUGAUGCUCUUUCUUGGAGUCAAGGUGCCCUCUAUGUUUGAGCUUGCAUUGUAUCGUACUGGGCUUAAACUAUGACUUUUGAUCACAAUCAACAGUCUGAGAAGUCGAAAAAAGAGGGAAAUGCCCCUCCUACAAUUUCGGUCAAGGAGUACUUAGAGAGUUCUCUGAUGGGAUUGUGUAAAAUCAGCCUCCUGGAAGAGGAAAUGAAUUUCAAUCGACGAGCAGCAUCCUUGACUGAACUGCGACAAGGUGGUGGCUAUCUUCUAGUGGCAACAGAUAUAGCAGCUAGAGGCAUUGAUCUUCCGGAGACAACUCACGUAUAUAACUUUGACCUGCCAAACGAUGCAGUAAGUUACCUUCAUCGAGCUGGGAGGACCGGCAGGAAACCUUUUUCUGACGAUACGUGCUAUGCUACCUGCAUCAUAACACCCGGGGAGCAGUUUGUUUUGCAAAGAUUUGAAAACCAGUUAAUGUUUUCUUGUGAACAAUUGUUCUUAUAAUCUUAUAUUCAUAGAGUAGUUCUUGUUCAACUGACAUUCUUUUGCCAGCCUUUCAGUUCACGCU